AUCUGCACUCUUACGGGUCGCACCCGUUGCCAUUCCUUUCCAAUUGGUAAGAAAGCAAAAAUAAAAUAUUCCCACACCAGUGGGCUGCCAUGAUUGAUUAGCAUCUGCAUUUGAGAAUAGAUGAAAUAGAGGCAGUGUUAAAUUCAAUCCACCAACUACAUUCUUUCUUGCUUUUGGCGUUUGCAAAACGCACUCUCCUUCCUUUCUUCCUCUCAGGAUCUCAGUUGCUGUUACAUCCGUCCACAAAAAUGGAAGAUACUGCCGUUUUGAACUCUAAUCAGAAGCCGACGAUCGUGGUCACCAACGACGACGGUAUUGACGCACCAGGACUUCUUUCUCUGGUUCGCGUCCUCGUCUCCACUCAUCGCUUCCACGUACUGGUUUGCGCGCCUGAUUCGGAAAAAUCGGCCGUCAGUCAUUCUAUUACUUGGCGCCAUCCCAUAUCUGCUAGGCGAGUAUACAUUGAAGGAGCAACGGCCUUUGCAGUUUCUGGCACUCCAGCUGAUUGUGCUUCUUUAGGAGUCUCCAAAGCACUCUUUCCUACAAUUCCUGAUCUGGUAAUCAGUGGUAUAAACAUGGGGAGCAAUUGCGGCUAUCACAUUGUUUACUCUGGUACUGUUGCUGGUGCUCGGGAGGCCUUCUUCAAUGAUAUACCUUCUGUCUCCAUUUCAUACGAUUGGAUUGGAGGUAAAAGCACUAUUCAGGACUUCACAAUUGCAGCUGAAGCUUGCACACCUAUCAUAGGUGCUGUUCUUGUUGAGAUUAAGAAUCAAACUUAUCCUUCAGGUUGUUUUCUGAAUAUUGAUUUACCAACAAAUGUUGCUAAUCAUAAGGGAUAUAAGCUGACUAAGCAGGGUAAAAGCAUAUUCAGGAUGGGGUGGAAGCAAGUUACUUCUGGCACAGAAGGAGGGAAAAUGUUAUCAACAAUGACAAUGGACACAAAUUCAGCUGUGCAAACAGAAACUGGUGCAUCAAAUGUAGCACAAGAACAUAUGUGGUUUAGGAGAGAAGUAAAGGGAGAGGAAGUUGAUGAUGAUGAUACAGAUCACAAAUUUCUUCGGGACGGAUAUAUUACUGUAACUCCCCUUGGUGCCCUCUCCCAAGUAGAGACAGGCUGCCUAGAUUACUUUAACGAUUGGCUGCCAGGCGUGGUUGACCGCUCAUCUCCAUCAGCCUUAUAAUGCUGGGAUCUCUCAAGCGGUAAAACACCGUGACAUGAGCCUUGCAAGUUUCAUUUAUUAAGGCUUGACUGUACCACAUAAUAAAAACCAUUUGAGGGAAAAAUUUUAUAAUUUAUUUUUUUUCUUAUUUCGAACCAAUUAUCACUGUGUAUGAAUACCUUGCAUCCUCAUGUGCUCAUACAUCACUUUCCCAUUUGUUUCUCUAUCGUUUAUCAUGAUUAUCUUGCUCACAA